AUGGGAAAAUAUAUUAUAAUAAUAUUCUUUAUAACAUUAGACAUAUUUUUUGCAGAUGAAUUAUGUCCAAAUAAUUCUGUUAAAACAUUAUGUAAAUGCAUUCCCGAGAAAAAUACUACGAAAGUCAUUUGUUAUAACAAGAAAUAUAUACAAUUAUACGACGAUCUCAGAUUAUUUGAAUAUUUUAACAUAUCCAAUUUAUAUUUAAAACUAAAUUAUUUGCCAAUCGUUAAAAAUGAUAUGUUUAAAGGUCUAAAAAUUAAAAAAUUAAUUUUUGUCAAAAAUCAUAUCGAAGAUUUCGAGCCAUAUGCAUUUCGUGGUUUAGACAUUGACACCCUCAAAAUAUCCGAGGAGUUAUUUGAAACAGACAAUAAAACUUUGGCUAAUAUUCCUGUUGAGGCAUUGAAACAUUUGACAAAUUUGAAAGAUCUUCUAAUCCUUGGAUCUAAUGUAAAAGAGAUACCCGAGUUUGCAUUUCAAAAUUCAACAAAUUUGAAAGAAUUAUACUUUCUUACAUUUUACCUUAACAAAAUUUAUACGAAUUCAUUUGCAGGUUUAAAUAAUUUGAAAAAAUUGUAUAUAGCAUCGUUAAAACUGGAAGAAAUUUCGUCAGCCAUAUUUGCACCAUUAGAAAAUUUGCAAUAUUUGUUUUUAUCCCUGAAGUCUAUGAAAACCCUUAAAAGAGAACAAUUUAGCACCCUCAAAAAUUUGACCAGUCUUAACCUAGAUCAUUCGGAUGUAGAAAAUAUUGAAUUUCAAUGUUUUGAAAAUUUUAAUCAUUCUCUUAUCCUGUUAUCAAUGAUAGGCAACCGACUGCACGACAUAGGGGCAGUAUUUAAUUAUUUGUCGGCGUUGAAAGAUCUAAUUCUCUCCUUUAAUAAAAUUAUCAAGAUUAAUAGUGACAGCCUUCAAAAUUUGACAAUGUUAGAAAGCUUAGAUUUGAGUUACAAUAAAAUAAAAUUUAUUGGGGACAAUGUUUUGACAAGGAGUAAAAACUUGAAUGAUAUCGACAUUAGAUCUAACCAUUUAGUAGAUAUACCUACAAAUAUGCUCGGGCAAUUUAUGGAAUUAAAAAAAUUUGAUAUAUCGAAAAAUUUUAUCUUUCGAGUAGAAGAUUAUUCUUUCUACAAUAAUUACAAACUAAAAAACCUCGAUAUGUCUGACAAUAUAAUAACUUCUUUGUAUGCCGAUUCUUUCGCGUCAUUAUAUAACUUAGAAUACCUUGAUUUAUCAGACAAUUACUUGACGGAUAUUCCC